AUGGAACAGAACAAGGAGACGAGCCCCGGUGGCAUACCAGAAUCAGAAAAUAAAGAGACGUUGACACGCAGUGCCUCUUUACCAGAUGAAACCGCAGAGACGCUUGACCAUGUGGAUGGGUCCGAGAUCGAGAAAAAUGAUAAAUCAAGGCGCAGCAUCUCUUUACCAGGAGAAAAGACACACGCGUUGAUACAUACUACAACGGCUGAUCCCGACAACGAGCACCCUUCACUCAAGGCUACCACCACCCGCGAAGAUGGCACCGAAUAUCCCACCGGUCUAAAGCUCACGCUGAUCGUACUGGCACUCUGUCUGAGUGUGUUCCUCGUCGCACUUGAUAACAGCAUCAUCGCCACAGCAAUCCCAAAGAUUACUGAUCAGUUCCACAGUCUCGAAGAUGUGGGCUGGUAUGGAAGUGCUUACCUGCUUACAACGGCUUCGCUUCAACUGCUCUUUGGAAAAUUCUACAGCUUCUUCAGCAUCAAAUGGGUGUAUCUGAUCGCCAUUGGCAUUUUUGAGCUGGGCAGUCUGAUAUGCGGUGUGGCUAACAACAGUCUGGCGCUCAUUAUGGGCCGCGCUGUCGCUGGUAUCGGCUCAGCUGGUAUAUUCUCAGGCGCCCUCAUCAUCCUGGCGCACUCAGUGGCUUUGGAUAAGCGUCCAAUGUAUACCGGCUUUAUCGGUAGUAUGUACGGUAUUGCAUCGGUUGCGGGCCCACUACUCGGUGGUGUCUUCACUGACAAGGUGACUUGGCGUUGGUGCUUUUAUAUCAACCUUCCCAUUGGCGCUGUCACCGUCGUUGUGAUUGCGUUCUUCUUCCCGGCCCCCAAUCGCCAGAUCAAAGACUCGACAUGGGCAGAACGUAUCAAGAAGUUCGACCCUAUCGGCACGGCUCUCUUCAUGCCCGCCAUCAUUUGCUUGCUGCUAGCUUUGCAAUGGGGCGGCACUACUUAUGCCUGGAGUAGCUGGCGGAUCAUCCUUUUGUUCUGCUUCUUCGCCGUCCUGAUUCUGCUCUUUGUAGCAACUCAGUGGUUCCAACAAGAGUAUGCGACUGUGCCACCGCGCAUCUUUUUCAAGCGCACCGUCUGGUCCUCCUGUCUAUUCAGCUUUUGUGUCGGUGCUGCAUUCCUGUGCUCCGUCUAUUUCCUUCCCAUCUGGUUCCAGGCCGUCAAAGAUGCCAGCGCCGUUAAUUCAGGGAUCAUGAAUCUUCCCAUGUUAAUCGCCGUGGUAGUUCUGUCUGUACUCUCGGGAAUCAUCGUUACCAUCAUUGGCUACUACGCACCUUUCAUGAUACUGGGCACCGUGUUCAUCGCCAUCGGCUACGGUCUCAUGACCAGAUUCCACCCCGACACACCCAAAUCCAUCUGGAUCGGCUAUCAAAUCAUCGCCGGUGCCGGUGUCGGCUUCGGUAUGCAACAACCCAUGAUUGCCGUGCAGGUCGUCCUUGACAUGGUCGAUGUGCCUACUGGCACUGCUAUCAUCGUUUUCGCCCAGACCCUCGGUGGUGCCCUCUUUGUUUCCAUUGGAAACAACGUCUUCUCCAACAAACUUGUUGAAAACCUGGCCAAAUAUGCUCCUCAUUUGGAUCCCGCUGUCGUCAUCAGAGCGGGUGCCACUAGUCUUGCGCGAGUGGUCGACAAGGCUGACUUGGCUGGUGUCAGACUUGCCUACAGUGACGCAAUUACACAGACGUUCAUGGUAUGUGCUGCCGUGGCCGCAAUUAGUGUGCUUGGUGCGUUGGUCGUGGAGUGGAAGAGUGUCAAGGGGAAGAACCUUGCUGCUGGCGGGGCUGCUUAA